AUGGUGAAGCUCAGCACAACUGAAAGUCGGGUGCAAGUGGCUGUUCGGGCUCGUCCUCUCAAUCAACGUGAAGUUGAUUUAAAAUCUCCAGUAAUCGUCUCAAUUCAUAAUUCUCAAAUUCUUUUGAGAAAACCAAAUAACGAACUCGAUACGUCAAAGACAUUUUCCUAUGAUUUUUGUUUUGAUUCAAUGCAUUUUAAUAAUACAAACUACGCAAAUCAAGAAUAUAUAUUUCAAACACUUGGUGAGGAAAUCGUUCAAAAUGCAUUUGAAGGAUAUAAUACUUGUGUGUUUGCUUAUGGACAAACAGGUUCUGGAAAAAGUUUUACAAUGAUGGGUACUCACAAUGAUCGUGGUAUUAUUCCACGUCUCUGUCAAACAAUGUUCGAGCGUAUAUCAAAGAAAGAAAGCUCAACGAAUUAUAAUGAUCAUAUGAAUAAUAGUAAAACAUUUCAUCCGAUGGAAGAUAAUAACGAUAGUAGUACUACAUUUCUCACGAAACUCUCACCAUCUACUCAUGUAGAAGUGUCUUAUUUUGAAAUUUACAAUGAAAAAAUACGAGAUUUACUAAAUCCAAAUAACAAUCAUGAAGCAUUGAAAGAAAUUGAAACACUGCUAAUUGAAGGUAACAGUUAUCGAACUGUUGCAUCAACGAACAUGAAUAAUGAAAGUAGUCGUUCUCAUGCCGUAUUUACAUUAAAAUUAACACAGACUUUAAUUACUGAGUCUACUGAUACAAGGAGCGUUAAAGUUAGUAGGAUCAGUUUGGUAGAUCUGGCAGGUAGUGAAAGAGCACCCAAAAGUGGCGAACCAGCAGAAUAUAUUCGAUUUCAAGAAGGAUGUAAUAUUAAUAAAUCAUUAUUCACACUUGAUUUAGUUAUAUCAACUCUUGCACAGCAACAAACAAUAACCGAUAAAUCAAAAAAAACAUUUGUACCCUAUCGAGAUUCUGUUUUAACUUGGUUGCUAAAGGAUAGUCUAGGAGGUAAUAGUCGUACAAUUAUGAUCGCCACCAUCUCUUCAGCCAAUGAUCAUUAUGAAGAAACACUUUCAACAUUGCGUUAUGCUGAACAAGCAAAAAAAAUUGUUAAUCAUGCCUCGAUUAACGAAGAUGGACCUGAAACUAUAAUUAGAGAAUUACAAAAUGAAAUAGAUAAAUUGAGAAAAGAAUUGACGGACACAAAAGAAACAAAAGAAUGUUUUGAAAAAUUGAGCUCAGAGAUUAAUGAAAAUGAAAAACUCAUGCGUACAAUCACGAAAGAUUGGGAUGAAUGUGUGGCUGAAACAGAAAAAAUUAGUAAAGAGCGUCAUGAAAUACUAGAAAAAGCUGGAAUAUCCGUAUGUAGCUCGGGCAUUGGUUUAGAAAAAGAUAAACUCUAUUUGGUUAAUCUAAACCCGGAUCCUUCAUUCAACGAAGUUCUGGUGUAUUAUUUAAAAACAAGAACAAAUGUAGGUCGUCCGGAUGCAUCUGUUAAACAAGAUAUUGAACUGGUAGGCGUUGGAAUUUUGUCCGAACACUGUGUAUUUGAGAUUCGAAAUCAAAAUCAAGUUUAUUUGACUCCGUUAAAUAAAUCCAAAACUUAUGUUAACGGUCAACUCAUUAAUAAUGAAAGUCAUUUACAUGAUGGCGAUCGAAUUCUUUGUGGUUCUUUGACGACUAGUAAAACAUCGACGAUGAGCACAAUUGAUGAUUCAUAUUCUUCGUUCAUUGACGCUCGACAAGAAGUACUUUUAAAUCAAUUAGCUGCUGAUCCGUUAACAAAAGAACUACGAUCAUUUCUGAAAGAUAGUAACGUAGAACAAAGAAUCAUAUCAAAAAAGACCUCGGAUGCUUAUGGGCGAGAAAUAGAAUAUUUAAAGCAACAAUUAACGCAUUCGACAUCAACUAAUUCACGAAACCAUAAACUAUCACAUAAAAAUCAUACUAUGGAAGAAUCGUUUUCAAAAUGGAGAUAUUCAAACAUCCUUGCUAAUGAUUCGGAAGAAAGUCGUACAUUUUUUUCUAAACUGAAACAAGAACUUAUACGUGUUAAUGCACUUGUAUUCGAAGCAAACACAAUAUCAAUGGAAAUGGAGCGACAAACAACAUUUUCUGUAAUCUUACAUAUACCAGUCUCUUAUUUGAAGCCAAGUGAACGCGCGGCAACAAAUAUAUGUGAACCUGCUAUAGAGGUCAAACGGCCAACAUUUAUACCGCAAAUUUGGGAUGUAGAAAAAUUUGAACGUAAAUUAAGUGAUAUGCGUGAAGUCUACUACAAAUGGAGAAGUGCCUUAUCUGAAAAUAAACUACUAUCUCCAAGGUUAACUACGACAGAUGAUCCAUUUUUUGAUGGACAAGAUUGUCGUAGUCUCAUUGGUGUUGCAAAUAUAUUUUUGAAAGCAUUAUUCUACGACUCAAAACUUGAUUAUCUUGUACCAAUUAUCAACACUCAAGGACAGAUAUCUGGUUCAUUGCAUGUUUUCUUGCAACAAACUGGUUCAUCAGCGAUAAAAAAGCUCAAUGAUGUAAAAUCAAAUGGGAUCCGUUCGAAUUUGAGUGAAUCAAUAAGUAAUGAUAGUGCAAAUGAAAAUAGCGACGCAGAGCAGUCGAACGAAGAGGAAGAGAAUGUAGACGAUCAAUAUGAAACCACUGAACAUAUUAAGAUUAAAUUGAUAAUAAAAGAAGUUCGUGAUCUUCCACCGAAUGAAGCAGAUGGUGUCAUUUGUUGUUAUUCAUUCAUGAACGAAAAACAACACCAUAUUAUUGAAUCAGUAAAGAACAAUAAAUAUAACGAUGAUCAUAAUGAUGAACAUGCUGACAUUGUUAAAAAGCCACAAAUAUUUACUUUCAAUCAUGAGAAAGAAUAUACAUUUACAAUGACAGAUGACUUUAUUUUUACAUGGCUAGAAAGUGCUAUAUCAAUUGAAGUUUGGUAUCAAUACAAUUCUGUUCCAUUACCAGUUGGAAACAAUGAUCAAGAUAGACGUGAUGCUGAAAUACGGGCGUUGAGUAAUCGUUGGAAAGAAGUUAAACGUCAUAUACAAUAUGCAAUUGAAAUACAUGAAUUAAAUUCAUCUGGACGAUGGGAACCAGUUGAAGUCGAUUCGUCGUAUACAAAUAUAAUCAGUGGCGGUAUAUAUAGAUUAAGACAUGGUCAAUCGAAAAGACUUGUUGCUCGUCUUCGCGUUAUACCACAGUCGGGAACAAUGCCAUUAGUAUUACAUGCUAUUCGUUCAGUUGAAAUUGGUUCGAUAAAUACAAGACAAAUGAAUGCACCAAGACAAUUAGAUUCAUAUCAAGAUGAAGAAUUGCAAUAUUUGAAGCGUGAAUGGCUGGAUCUAAUUGAAAAACGAAAAUCUUAUUUAGAAUCACAAAUUGAAUCACUGAGUCACCAAACAAAUAAAACAUCGAAUGAUAUUGAGCGUGAAAAUGCUUUAUUAAAACGCUUAGCCGAUGAAAAAGAUUUUGCUGAAUCACCACCACCUGGGUCCGGAAUACCGGGGAGUCCUCCUAUAUGGUCUCCUCCACCAACAAUUGAAGAACAUCGUCCAUUAACCUUUCUUAAUUUGGAUCCAGACAAUAUGAAUGCAGAAUAUGAUACAGCUGGUUUGAAAGCAACACUCACCGAGGAGAAAAAAAAUGAUAUGUUCAGACUUGCUUUAUUACAGCACGAUUCAGAUGAGAUUCGAGCAGUUGCUCAGUGGGACCCAUCUAUUCAUGAAGCAUCUGAAUUGAAUCGUGUGACGCCGAAUAACACAUUAGUUUAUAUGAUUGUCAAAAUUACUGUAUUGAUUUCACAACCGGUUCGAAUGGAAUUAGUAUUGAGAAAACGGAUCGCAACGACAAUACAGAAAACCGAUAGUUGGUGGUCUAGCGGAAAGGCUGUGAAGAAAUAUUUACUCGGUUAUAAACCUUACAAACGAACAAGUGUUGUAUGUGAAAUUGUUUCACAUAUACCAAAAUUCAUUCAUGAUAUAGAAGAUCAUAAAAGUUUAGCACUAGUGGCUGGUUCUGAAUGUUAUUCUAGAACAUAUGUGGAAAAAUAUAUUCAAUAUGCAUCGGCAGUUGAUAAUCUAUUAUUAUUAGAUAAAUUAAGACAAGAAGUUUCACUUUUGGACUAUUCGGCAAAACAGCAACAGCAACAACAAACUAUUCGAAAAUCCACAAGCGUUCCAAACAUUAUGAAUCAACAAAAUACGUCAGGAUUGCACAACAGUAAUUCGGAUAUUGAUGAUGAACACGGUGUUUCGAGAAAUUCCUCACGAUCAUUUAAGAAAGUUAUUGACAAUAAUCAAUCUACAAUAAAAAAAUCACCUUCCAUCAAUAAUGAUCGAACAAACCCGUUUUACAAUGAAAAACUAAGUAAUUCUUCCUUUUUAUGUCCUCAUUCGGACUUGUGUACAUCACCAUCAUCACCUCCCACAAAUCUACAUUAUCCAGUCGAAACAUUACCUACACCGUUUUCAUCGUUUAGUCGUUCAGCACUAAACGUAUCACAAUUUAGUACACCAAAUCGACUAAAUAACAAUGAGAAAGAAGAAAAAAAUAGAGUAGAUAAAAUUUACACAAAAUUAAAAGACAAUACGUACGAUGAUAAGUUUGAUCCACAAUUCUCACAUCUUUAUUACGAACUAUCUAUACCGAGUAUGUUGACACGUUCAUCGUAUAUUGAAAAAGAAUGUCCGCAACCUGUACAAGGAUCGUCUCUUUGUAUAGAACCGAGAGAUCUAUUUACCAUACCAAACGAAGAAAAUGAACAGGAAUUAUUGUCAACUAGUGCAUUAGAAGAAAAAUAUACAUUUCCCUCAAGAUCACAAAACACUGUGCAGAUGACACCACCUCAGACACCGACGUUGCCAGUGACAAAUUCAGAUGAAAAUAGUGAAUCUUUAAAUGUGACAAAUAAUCAAACACCAAACAAUUUAAACAAGAAAAACUUAAUUGAAAUCAUUGAAAAGACACCAACGGCUUUAAAUUCAUUACCGUCAACUAAACUAUCAGCACCAUCUGUUUUAUCGCCAACCAACGUACAUUUGUAUCCUUCAAACUCCAAUCAUAAUAUAAACGAUUCAAAAGAAUCUAACGAACAACAACUAGCACAACAAAAAGAAAAUGUUGUAGAACAUGUAGUAUCAUCAUUACCUGUAAAAGAAAUCACUCGUCAAGCCUUAACUGGAAAGUCAAUACCCGAAUUAAACAUAAAAAAAGAUAUUAAUGAGUUAUCACAGCCGAUCACAAUCACACCUGGAGAAACAGCUGUUGUAUUACCCAAUGGACUCAAAGUUAUUGUUGGUCUCAAAGUUAUUGUAACAACUCCAACACAUAUCUUUAAAAAACGAGGCAUAGUGAGAUUUAUUGGUACAACAAAAUUUAAACCUGGUUUAUGGUUCGGUAUCGAAUUAGAAGAACCUGUGGGUUUAAAUGAUGGAUCUGUUGGUGGUAUCCGUUAUUUUAGUUGUGCAGAAAAACGUGGUGUUUUUGUUCGUGACGAUAAAAUAGAACCCAUUGAUCAGUCUUAA